AUGGAGGAGCCAAAGAAUGAUAGUGAAAACAUUGAAAAUGUUCACUCAAUCGAUGAACGAGCCUCCAACGCACAUGUUUUGCGGUCCAAAGCCGAUGAGCUCUCAGUCUGGCAAACAGCGCGACAGUUCAAAGUCAUUUCCAUGGUCGCUAUGAUUGCAUCUUUCAGUGCAUCCCUCGAUGGGUACCAAAUCAAUCUCAAUGGAGGAAUCGUUGCCAAUACUGGAUUCAUUCGUCAAUUCGCCUCCAAGGGGAGAACUACCAUGAAUAGCACAUACGUCUCAGCUUGGGGUGGAAUCCAAUCAGCAGGCCAAACAGUUGGACAAAUUCUUUUACAAUAUGUGACAGAGGCUUAUGGAAGAAAGGUAGCACUGUACAUCAUCUGGGUUGAUCUCGUUAUAAGCAUAUUCAUCGAAUCUUUUGCUACUCGUUGGGAGCAUUGGCUCGUGGCAAAGCUUUUCUCUGGCAUGGGCGUAGGAAUGCUGCAGUCCACACUUCCCCUUUACUUGUCUGAAAUCGCCCCAACUCAACUUCGAGGAUUCUAUAUCAACGCAUAUAGCUUCUGGUUUGUUCUCGGACAAAUAUUUGCUUCGGUUGCUCUUAACAGACUGAAUGACACCGAUCCCAUGGAUUUCCGAACACCAAUCUAUACUCAGUGGGCAAUGAUCGGUUGUACCGCCAUCAUCUUCAUACUAAUCCCAGAAUCUCCCUGGUGGCUCGUCAGUAAGGGCAAGCUUGAUGAAGCAGCAAACGUCCUUCGUAAAUUCAAUGGAAAGGUUGAAGGAUACGAUGUUCAAGAACAAAUUAGUGUGAUGGACGGCACAGUUACAGAGGAGCGAUUGCUUGCAGAGAGAAAUGCCGAAAUUGGUAAACUCGCUGUAUUCAAAGGCCGAAAUCUGAUUCGAUUCAUUAUCGCUUCGUGGCCUAAAAUAACGCAACAAUUUGUGGGACUCGCUGUUUUCAAUACAUAUGCGACAUACUUCUUUCAAUAUGCUGGAAACAAGAAUCCAUUCUUAGUUACUGUUAUCCUGUCUUGUGUACAGCUCCUUUCAAUGAUUCUUACUGCAACGCUUACGGAUCAAUUUGGACGACGACCUUUAACCGUCUACCCGUACGCUGUCACCGUUUUCUCUUUACUGAUCUUCUUUGCUUGUUUGGCCACCUUUUCAACCACUGGCGCUUCAGCAAUCGGGUAUGCCUAUCCAGCUGAGGUUCCACAGCAGCGCUUGCGAGCUCAGACUUCUGGAUGGGCUCUAGCUUUAUCUAAUGGUGUUGCAAUCCUGUUUAGCUUUUGCACGCCACUUAUGAUAGACAAUGGCAGUGUCUCGCAUUGGGGAGUCAAGACCGGUUUUUUUUUUGCUGGAAGUGGAACGAUAGCAGUGAUUGUGGCCUGGUUUAUCUUACCCGAGGUCACACGUCGCACACCUGCUGAAAUUGAUGAAUUAUUCGAGAAGAAGGUUAAUCUUCGGAAGUUCAAGGGAUAUGUCACUGAGGUACAAUUGAGGGCUGAUGAAAGUCACAACGCGGGGAAGAUCAUAGUUGAUGACGCAUGA